AAUUUAUUCCAUAUGAACAAUUUAGUAAUGUUACUUAUCUUGCUAAAGGAGGAUUUAGUGAAAUAUAUAAAGCGACAUGCUCUUAUGAUACAAAAGAAUUUUGGGAUAAUCAGAAGAAAGAAUUUGAGACUAAAAAUGUUAGGACAAUUGUACUUAAAAGUCUCAAUAAUUCUAAAAUUAUAAGUAAUGAUUUUUUAAAUGAGCUAAAAAAUUAUUUUCAAUGUUCAAAUUCCUAUGUACUUAAAUAUUAUGGUAUCACACAGCAUCCCGAAACAAAAAAUUAUUUAAUUGUUAUGGCUUUUGCAUCAAACGAUCUUCAUAGUGGUAAUAUACUUGUUGAUGAUCCAAAUAGUCCAUUAAAUGCAAGUAUAGGAGAUUUUGGAAUAAGCAAACCAGCAAAUUCGAUAACAGAUACAAAAGAGAUAUAUGGA